CCAAUUUCACUGUCACACUACUCUCUCUCUCUCUCUCUGUAUCAUCACAUAUUAUUCACCGUGAUGAUGGCUUUAUUAUUUCCUCCUCCUCCUUAGCUCUCCCUGCCAGCCAGUCAUGUCAUCAUCUCCCUCUUCCUUUGUUUCCUCUCCAAUACAAUCAAACAUGGCUUUGUUUCAUCCCUUUCUUUCUCAUUCCACGUCUCUCCACCACCUCCCCAAAACUCCCAGACAACCACAGCCACUCAAACUGCUCUUAUCUCUCUCCUCCCCACCCCACCCUCUGAGACCCUUAAUUCCAACAAGAAAGCAGCUAAGCACCAUCAAGUGUAGUGCAGUUGCAGACAUCAAACCUCCUGCUCGCCCACUUGAUGAACAUCAGGAGGAGGAGGAGGAGGAGGAUCACAAGGUCUUGGUGGGUCCCACCAGCGAGGCUGACAGGAGAGGAGAGCGGGUCGUGGUGGACUAUGAUUGGACAGAGGAAUGGUACCCUCUGUACCUCACCCAGGACAUUCCGGACGAUGCACCUUUGGGCUUGACUGUGUUUGAUAAGCAACUUGUGCUGUACAAGGACGGCAGUGGAGAACUCCAGUGCUACCAAGAUCGCUGCCCGCACAGGUUGGCGAAACUAUCCGAAGGCCAGUUGAUUGAUGGAAGACUAGAAUGUUUAUAUCAUGGUUGGCAAUUUGAAGCCCAAGGAAAAUGUGUAAAGAUCCCUCAGCUUCCAGCUGAUGCCAAAAUUCCUAAAUCAGCUUGUUUGAAGACAUAUGAGGUGAGGGACUCACAAGGGGUUGUGUGGGUUUGGAUGUCUCAGAAUACACCACCAAACCCUUCAAAGAUACCUUGGUUUGAGAACUUUGCUCGGCCAGGGUUUCAAGAUACUUCUACAACCCAUGAGCUCCCGUAUGACCACUCUAUACUUUUGGAGAAUCUCAUGGAUCCUGCCCAUGUUCCAAUCUCACAUGACAGGACAGACUGGAGUGCAAAAAGGGAAGAUGCUCAACCGCUGCGCUUUGAGGUCACCGAGCGCAGCGAUAGAGGAUUCGCAGGUUGGUGGGGCAAGACAAGUGAUCCAUCAGCCAAAAGCUUCUUAAGGUUUGAAGCACCAUGUUCUCUUCAAAACAAUAGAGAAAUUGUUGACAAGGAUGGGGAGAAGCACUACUUCACGGGUCUAUUUCUCUGUAGGCCAACUGGACAGGGGAAAUCCAUGCUAAUUGUGAGAUUUGGUGGAACAAAAAGGUCUCCACUGGCAAAAUUGUUUCCCGUAUGGUAUUUUCAUCAGAAUGCAGGCAAGGUCUUUGAGCAAGAUAUGGGAUUUCUUUCAUCUCAAAAUGAGGUACUCAUGAAAGAAAAAGUACCCACCAAAGAGUUGUACCUUAACUUGAAAUCUUCAGAUACAUGGGUUGCUGAAUACAGGAGAUGGAUGGACAAAGUUGGGCAUGGGAUGCCUUACCAUUUUGGGCACAGCACAAUCUCAUUGCCCAAAGAGCCUGCUGUUGUGGAACAUGCGCCAGCAGGACUUGUUGCCGGUGUUUCUGCAUCCUUGCCAGCAAAGGGAGGGAUUGGAUCCAUGCAUGCUCCCAAUUUGGCCAACCGGUAUUUUCGACACGUGGUUCAUUGCAAAAUCUGCAGAAAUGUUGUCAAAGCUUUCCAAGCAUGGCAAAAGGCCCUUACUGCUUUUGCUGUUGCAUCGACUGCAUUGGCAAUUCUAGUCUCAGGAAGGCAGUGGAAGGCCCUGCUAUUAGUAUCUGCAGCAAUAAGCUCAGCUGGGGUUUAUGCAUGCUCGGCUGCUAUUGCAUUGAACACAACAAACUUCAUAAGGACCCAUAGGAGAUUAUGAGCCAUCGAUUUCAGAACCGAGAAGACGAUGUAGAUUCUGUUGCCUGUGUUUUUUAUACGUUUAGAUUCUCCUUGGAAGCUUGAAAUCGCUCAUUUGUUGUGGCUUUCCCUACUCUCUUCCUUUUCCUUCAUUUUCCGUGGCUUAGAACAAGUUUCGUUUCUUUUUUUCUGUGAACAAUAAAGCUUCGUUUUUUUUUGUACAGACAACUACUACUUUAGUGAGCAUUAGAAUUUAGAACUUUUUUCUAGAUGAA